UGCGUGGCGGGCUGCGCCGACUGCAACAGCAACACGACGCUUCUCGACCCGGUCUCGGGCGCCGCCAUUACCAGUGACAAUGCUCGCUUUCUCUGCCUUGCCCGCGGCCAGAAGCUGUACUUUGCUUCGGAGACAACCAAGUCGGCGUUCGCCGCGGCCCUUCCGUCGCAGCCUUACUUUGGCGUGCAGAACGUCAUGUGCGGCGGGCGCACCUGCCCAGAUGCGUUCCAGUUACCAGCCGACGCCGUGCCGGCCGCGCCGUUUUGCACGGGCGCGUCGGUCAUGCUCUCGGGGUUUCAAUCGACGGUCCAUGGCACGUGCGUCAAGCUCUUCUUCCAGUCGUGGGUGCUCGACACGCCGUUCAAGUACGCGCUGGCCUUCACGGGCAUCUUUCUCCUCCCGCUCGCCAACGAAUACCUCGUCCACACCCGCGAGGCGGUGCGCAUGGCCUUUCUCAAGGCCCGUAGCAGCCGCUACAGCAGUCUGGGCAAGCGCAGCCGCAAACUCGUGCUGACGCUGCUCUACAUGGUGCAAAUGACGCUGGCGUAUUUCGCCAUGCUCGUCGUCAUGAUCUACGACACGGGACUCUUUCUCGCUUUGAUUUUGGGCUUUGGCGUUGGCUUUGCGCUCUUUAAAAGCGACAAGACGCUCAGCGGCAAGUCGUCGGGCAUGGUGCCCGCUGCGUGGCGCUUUGACGACACGGACUCGCUCACCGUGCUCUCGAUCGGAGGCAUGAUGUGCAUGCAAAACUGCGGCAACACGGUCCAGAACGCGCUCGAGACCGUUCCGGGCGUGCACCGUGUCUUUAUUGGCUUUACCGAAAAGUGCGCUUACGUCUCGGGCACGGCGACGACCAAAGCGCUCUGCAGUGCGAUCGAGGACUGCGGGUUCGAGGUCCACGUCGUGCGACCGCCCAAGGCCGAGACACCGGCGGGCUACGGCGCUGCCUUUCACUUGGCCUAA